CCACCUUCAACUGACGCAGAGUUCUAGAUUUUGCACUAGAUGCUUGAUACCAAAGUUACCAUUUCUGCACCAUCAGCCAUGGAGCGCUCUGCGGAAGAAGGAGAUGAGAAGGAGAGGGUUCAUGACUCGUCUGUUGAUUACAAGGGGAGGAUCCCCCGCAGGUCUGCUACUGGGGGUUGGAGGGCGUCACUCUUCAUCAUUGGGAUUGAGUUUUCUGAGAGGCUAAGUUAUUAUGGUAUCGCCUCAAACCUCAUCAUUUAUCUGAACAAGGUGCUUCAUCAAGAUCUGAAGACAGCAGCGAAGAAUGUGAAUGAUUGGGUUGGAGUUACCACUGUGGUGCCUCUUGUUGGUGGGUUUCUGGCUGAUGCAUACGUGGGUAGAUUUUGGAUGGUCCUGAUUUCCUCCAUAGUAUAUCUCCUGGGGUUGAGUCUGUUGACCCUAUCCGAGUUGGUCCCAUCUCUCAAGCCACCACCAUGCAGCAGCAGUACUUCAGGCUCUUCAGCCUACUACACAUGCACCAAAUCUUUAAGGACCCACAAGCUGGCCUUUUUCUUGGCUCUGUACCUCAUCUCCCUGGGCACCGGAGGCCACAAGCCAUCGCUGGAGAGCUUUGGUGCAGACCAGUUUGAUGACAACGACGACGACGAGAGGAGGAAGAAGGUCUCCUUCUUCAACUGGUGGUACUUUGGUCUAUGCAGUGGGGUCGUGCUCGGUGUGACUCUGAUUGUCUAUGUCCAAGACUAUGUGAGUUGGGGCGCUGGGUUUGGUGUUCUUGCUGCUACCACUGCCUUAGCCAUUGUGGUCUUGGGCUUUGGGGUGCCCUUUUACAGGUAUAGGGUACCCCAAGGGAGCACACUGACCCCAAUGGUGCAGGUCCUGGUUGCAGCCAUGGCCAAGAGGAAGCUGCCUUACCCUUCUGACCCUUCUGAACUCCAUGAAUUGGAGACUGUACCAGGGAGGAGACGCCUGCGUCACACCAACAGGAUGAGGUUCCUCGACAAAGCAGCCAUCGUCGACCAAGAGGCACUGGAGAGCAGUCCAGCAGCAGCCAACAAGGGCUGCCACCAUCUAUGGCGGAUGGCGACUGUCACCCAAGUGGAGGAAACGAAGCAGCUCCUCUCCAUGGUGCCCAUCUGGCUCUGCACUCUCACCUUUGGCGUCUGCAUCUCACAGGGCCAGACCUUCUUCAUCAAGCAGGGCAACCUCACCAACCGCUACCUCACGCCUCACUUCCAGAUCCCCCCCGCCUCCCUUCUCGCCUUCUCCGCCUCCACCAUGAUCAUAUUCGUCUCCUUCUACGACCGCCUCCUCGUCCCUUUCCUCCGGAGCCUCACCGGUCUCGACCGCGGCAUCACCGUCCUCCAGCGGAUCGGCACCGGCAUGGCCAUUUGCAUCGCCACCAUGACCGCCGCCGCCCUCGCCGAGAAGAAGCGCAGGGACUCCGACCACGUCAUCAGCGUGAUCUGGCUCGUCCCUCAGUUCGUUCUUCUCGGCGUCGCCGACGUCUUCACCCUGGUGGGUCUGCAGGAAUACUUCUACGAUCAAGUCCCCGACUCCAUGAGAAGCCUCGGGAUCGCCUUCUACCUCAGUGUGGUCGGAGUCUCGAGCUUCAUCAGCAGCCUGCUGAUCACAGUCGUGGACUCGGUGACUGGUCGAGGAGGGAGGAAGAGCUGGUUCGGCGUGGACCUCAACAGCAGCAGACUUGACUAUUUCUACUGGUUGUUGGCUGGUUUGUGCGCCAUGAAUCUUUGUCUCUAUGUGCUUGUGGCGAGGAAGUAUGUGUAUAAGACAGUGGAAAGAGUCCAGAGAGGAGCGGUUGGGGACGCCAUUGAUGAAGGUGGCGGUGGUGGUAGGGAGUUGAGGGUGAUAGCUUAGUAAGUUUUGUAAUAA